CAUCUCCUCCGGUAUUGUUCCGGGCCAGGUGGACUGGCUGGCUCCUAGGAUUCCCAGGUCCCAGCACCACCUUCCCUCCUGAAAGGUCCCGGACCUUCCUCACAUUGACUCUGAAAGAGUUCACCUUCAGAACACCUCAGAACACCGCUAUCCUGUGAGCUCCCGAAGUCAGUGGCAAGAUUUUGGAAAUCCCUUGUCUUCACAUUGCCGGGAUCAAAGUCUUGCUCAACUGAGCCACUCACCAGUGGAGAUGGACAAAGCUGUUGCCCUCAUGCUGACGCACGUCUGACUCACAGCCCAGGGCAGCCUGGAUGCUUUGUUUGUGCAAAGAGCCAUCUCCAUCACUGAGCUCCCCUAAGCUCUGGAAUAUACUCAUCCCUCUGACCUUAGAGGUGCUCUGAUUUUGACACCCGGGGCUCCUGGAGGUUUUGAGUGGUUAUAUCUCACAAGCAGCCUUAUUCUAACUGCAGAGAUCCUCGGCAGACAGUGGAUUGCCCAUCCUAUCAGACCCUGAAGUGGUUGGCAGCAUGCCGACCCAGUCCCUCCUUGUGUACAUGGACGGGCCGGAAGUCCUUGGAGGUUCUCUAGGUUCCCAGAUGGAGGUGGAUGAUGCUGUGCCCAUAAAAGGGCCGGCGGCAGUCCCCUUCCGAGCUGCUCAGGAGAAGAGCAUGGCCGCGGCAGAGGGCCACAUGCCCCUGGAUUGCAUGUUCUGCAGCCAGGUCUUCUCUCAGGCAGAGGAUCUCAAUCAGCAUGUGCUCCUGCAGCACCGGCCCACCCUCUGCGAGCCAGCUGUUCUGCGUGUGGAGGCCGAGUACCUAAGUCCCCUUGAUAAAGGUCAGGAGCCAACAGAGCCACCGUUAGAGAAGAGUAGUGAAGACACCGAGGAGUUGAGCUGUGAUGUAUGUGGGCAGACAUUCCCAGUGGCUUUUGAUGUUGAGAGCCACAUGAAGAAGCAUAAGGACUCCUUCACGUACGGGUGCAGCAUGUGCGGGAGGAGAUUCAAGGAGCCGUGGUUCCUGAAGAACCACAUGCGGACACACAAUGGCAAGUCUGGCACCAGGAGCAAGCUUCAGCAAGGCAUGGAGAGUCCAGUCACCAUCAAUGAAGUGGUCCAGCCACAUGCAGCUGGGAACAUCUCCACUCCCUACAAGAUCUGCAUGGUCUGUGGCUUCCUCUUCCCAAAUAAGCAGAUCCUCAUUGAACAUAGUAAGGUUCAUGCCAAAGAAACUGUUCCCAGUGCCAGCAACGUAGCCCCUGAUGCCCACCAAGAGGAGCCCACGUCCCCGAGGGAAGAGUUGCUGCAGUUUUUGAACUUGAGACCCAGAUCAACUGCAGAUAGUACAGUGAAGCCCACGACCUGCAUACCUCAGCUUGACCCAUUCACCACCUACCAGGCAUGGCAGUUGGCUACCAAAGGAAAAGUGGCCAUUGCCCAAGAAGAGGUGAAAGAGUCAGGCCAAGAAGGAAGCACAGACAAUGAUGAUUCAUGUUCAGAGAAAGAGGAACUAGGGGAAAUAUGGGUUGGGGGUAAGGCGGAAGGGUCUGGAAAGUCCAAAACAAGUAGAAACAGUUGUCCAGGUCUCUCCCAAGACAAAGAGAAGCCUAGACAUGCUAAUAGUGAAGUGCCUUCUGGGGAUAGUGAUCCCAAGUUGCCCAGUAGCAAGGAGAAGCCCACACACUGUUCUGAGUGCAGUAAAGCCUUCAGGACAUACCACCAGCUCGUCCUGCACUCGAGGGUGCACAGGAAGGACAGGAGGACUGAUGCCCUAUCACCCACCAUGGCUGUGGAUGCAAGGCAGCCUGGGACCUGCUCCCCAGACCUCAGCACCACUCUGGAAGACAGUGGGGCCGGGGACCGAGAAGGGGGCUCUGAAGAUGGGUCUGAGGAUGGGCUCCCUGAAGGGCUUCAUUUGGAUAAAAAUGAUGAUGGAGGAAAAGCGAAGCCCCUCCCGUCCUCGAGAGAGUGUAGUUACUGUGGCAAGUUUUUCCGUUCAAACUAUUACCUCAAUAUUCAUCUCAGAACGCAUACAGGUGAAAAACCAUACAAAUGUGAAUUCUGUGAGUAUGCCGCAGCUCAGAAGACAUCUCUGAGGUACCACUUGGAGAGACACCACAAAGACAAGCAGCCAGUGGAUGCUGCCGCUGAGUCCAAAAAUGAAGGCCGGAGCCAGGAGCCGCAGGAUGCGCUAUUAACGGCUGACAGUGCACAGACCAAAAAUUUAAAGAGAUUUCUUGAUGGUGCCAAAGAUUUUAAGGGAAGUGCACCUGCCAAGCAGCUUAAGGAGAUGCCUUCUGUCUUUCAGAGUGUUCUCUCACCAGCACACAACAAGGAUACUCAGGAUUUCCAUAAACACGCAGCUGAUAGUGUUGAGAAAGUGCGGAAGAGCCCUGCCCCUGCUUAUCUGGACAUGCAGACAAAGAAAGCAGGGGAGCCUCGGGCCGGCAGCCCUGCCUGCAGACUAGAGGGGGUUGGGCCCUUAGCACGGGAAGCUGGCCAUAGGGAGAAGAUGGAUCAGGAGGCUGACUACAGACAUAAGCCCGGUGCUGACUGCCAGGACAGGCCUUUGAAUCUAUCCCUUGGGCCACUCCAUGCCUGUCCUGCAAUCUCUUUGAGCAAGUGUCUGAUCCCUAGCAUUGCCUGCCCCUUUUGUACUUUCAAAACCUUUUAUCCGGAAGUCCUUAUGAUGCACCAGAGACUUGAGCACAGGUACAACCCUGACCCGCACAAGAAUGGCAGCAGCAAGUCUGUGCUGAGGAACAGGCGUACUGGGUGCCCUCCUGCUUUGCUGGGAAAAGAUGUCCCUCCCUUGUCUGGCCUGCACAAGCCCAAGGCCAAGACUGCCUUCUCAUCACACGCUAAAUCCCUGCACCCAGAGAAGGCUCGGCAGGGGGCCUCGGGGCCAAGCAAAGCUCCCCAGACUUCAGGACCAGACAACAGCACUUUAGCCCCAAGUAACUUGAAGUCACACAGGUCACAACUCAAUGCCGGGGGGCCCAGUGCCACCAGGCAGCAGCAGUCAGAGCUAUUUCCCAAAGGUGGCAUCCCUGCUGCUAUGGAUAAGGUGAAGAGACCUGAGCCAAAACCCAAGUCCCUGCCAGCUCCCCCAUCUCAGUCCCCCCUCAGCAGUAAUAAUAGCAACGGUUCUGUUGAUUAUCCCGUGAAGGUUGAUGGCCCAUGGGCGCAGCAAGGGAGAGACUACUACUGCCAUCGGAAUUCUGGCAGUGCCGCAGCAGAGUACAGUGAGCCACAUCCCAAAAGACUCAAGUCCAGCACGGUGUCCCUGGACACAGAGCAUGCGGGGCCCAAUGGCAGAAGGGGCUUUGAGCUCCCUAAGCACCAUGUCGUCAGGAGCAUCACCUUGCUACCACCAGAGUGUGUGCGCCCACCGCCUGUGCUGCCCCACAAAGCCCGUUUCCUGAGCCCUGGGGAGGUAGAGUCGCCCAGUGUGCUGGCUGUGCAGAAGCCCUACAGUGCCUCUGGACCCCUGUAUACCUGUGCACCUGUGGGACAUACAGGGACCAGCCCAACCCUCGAAGGAAAGAGGCCCGUGUCACAUCAGCACCUAUCUAACAGCAUGCUGCAGAAGAGAAGCUAUGAGAAUUUUAUUGGAAAUGCACAUUACCGACCAAAUGACAAAAAGCCUUGACUUCUGAUUCUUGGGGAAAAGGUCCCUGGAUGCAAGUACAUACUUCCAUGGAAUCAUACAUUGGUUCAUCUUCUGAGAGCGCACGACAAUAGCUACUGAACAAGCUGUGACUGAAUUGUACAUAGACCCGAGAGGAGCAGGGGAGGAACACUACAUUCUUUCAAGUUCUGUUAACCUUUGUACCAGAAAGCAAUAAAAACUAGUACUGGGAGUCGUUGGGCAGUGCGCCAGAGGGACUGAAAUCUAUUUUGUCCCUAAAUAUUUUUUUUUAAAGAAUUGACCAAAUAAGUUUUUUUUUUUUUUUUUUUUUUUUUUUUUUGCAUACUUGAGAGCUGCUGAAAAGAAAUCAUUUGGGGUGGGGUGGGGUGGGCUGGGGAUGUUGUAAAGCUUGCACCUCAGGUAACUGUAAAUACCGAUGUGGUAAACUUGCUUAAGUACUGUGUGUCUCUCCCUCAUGGAGCGCAAGGAUUUGAGCAUUUUCUGCUUUUUUAUGCUUUUUCAUUUAAAACAUGUUUUAAAGCAUAUUCUCACUGAGUCUAUUUGUCUUCACAUUGCUGAUAGAAAUGUUGACACUCGGUGAUGUGCUGUGCAUCUUGAGGUCAGCAGGCACUAACCUGGCACCUUUUACUCCAGCUGGUAGAGCUAGUGUGUACCGGUGUCCUGGAGCCCCAGCAUGCUGCCUGGGGUUGGGGUGGGGUGGCUUUUGAGCGGGUGUUGCCUACAGAGAAGCUGCCUCUGUAGAGUUGUCGAUGUCUCAGAGAGCCAGGCUCUGUGGGGAGCCAUCUAAGUUCUUUUCUUUUGGAAGAUUGGGAGAGUUGCCACAUCUCCUUGUGUGAAUUGCGUGCUUGGAAGCAAUUUUAAAGGGAGUGGAAAGUUUAGGGAAAUAUUUUAGUUUAUAUUUGGAGUCUUGAUGUGUCUGGUGUUGGAGGUGGGGACACCUUGAGUCUGGGUGAGGAGCUGCUGGCUGAGCCCUCCUGGCAGGCAGGGAGAGAUGAUGCCCGGGCCUCUCCAUUGUUUGUUUCCCAGGGUGAUUUCCUCAGUGCACAGGCAGCUCGGGAUGGAGGGAAGACAGCCACCAGCUAGCUCACUCAGUGUUUUAAACUUGAGUUCCUUUGAUAUCUGACUUUAUUCAACAGUUCUUGGGUUUAGCAAACCCAAAAUAUUUUAUUAAGAAACUGUUUCAAAAAUAAAUUUGCACUGCUCCUUUUUCUUGCCCCACCCCUCUCGAUGGGACAAAAGGGUGAAGAGCUCAAAGAAUCCCGACUCCCCCACAUCCCCCACCUCAUUGUGUACCAUGAGGGGUCCUUGGGACACGUCUUACCUCCUGUGCUGAAUGGAGACCUGGGCUGAGAUGUGUCUGCUCUUGUAGAAAGAGCUUUUGUGUCAGGAACAUACACCCGUUCCCGUCCACAAGCUGAGCCAUAUGUACAUAAGCUAGACUGUUUUCUUAGGUCUGCACUUUUAUAGCCUGGUUUUGAAGAUGAACACAUUUGCAAGUUGAUUGACGCCAUCUUUGCCUAAAUGCAGUGAGUGUACAGGAAGCGCUCUUGGAGGGGGUCAUAUAGCAUAGGGGCCAAAAAUUAAACCUGUAUUUAAAAAAGAAAAAAAAUCACCAAAUCUAUUAGAAAACAAGUCAAUGUGUGUAAUGCUGAAAUUUUGGGGCCUUUCAGAUUUCUCUAGCUAUAUUUUCUGAAUGCAUGAAAAUUCCAGGUUUUUUUUUUCCCCCCUUUUUAAGCAGUCCUUUGUGCUUAGUGUGUUCUUGUCAUCAGUAUUAACUCUGGGAUACUACUGGCUCUGUGUCUUUCCCUGUGAGGCGACAGUACAUGUGAGAAGAGGUACAUUUGUUGGAUUUUUGUUAAUGUAUUUAUUUCAUUCCAGUUUGAUUUAUUUUAAUUGUUGAUACUUAAGUUGUCAGUAGACAUGCUUUAUUUAUGAUAUAUUUCAGCUUAAAGUUAUGUUAUUAUAUGUGGAUGUAAAUAUAGAUUUGGUGUUUUACAAUU